AUGGCUUCAGAGAGCAGAGCAUCAAAACCAUUCCCCGAACUUCAUACUUCAGGCGCAAGCAAUCGCAGAACCCAUCAUGGUACACCCUCAAUCAGUAAACCUUUUGUUUGUUACUCGCAUUCCACAAAAGCCUCCGCCAAUUCUCUUCUCGACCAAGAGAUUACAAUCUAUCCAUCAAAAAUCCAAAGGAAUGGCUAUAUUCAACCCUUUGGUUUCGUGAUUAUUGUCGACGAGCCAUCUUUUCGGGUUAUAGGGUACAGUGAAAACGCGCGGGAUUUUCUGAGCCUUGACACCCCACAAUCAGUUCCGAGUCUGGAAGAGUGUGAAGCCCUCGAGAUUGGGUCCGACCUUCGGAAUUUCUUCACCCCAUUUAGCGUGCUUCAGCUUGGAAAGGCAUUUGAGGCUGUAGAACUGUCACAGUUGAACCCCAUUUGGGUUCGUUCUGGGAAUUCGGAGAAGCCUUUCUAUGCGAUUCUGCAUAGGAUUGAUGUCGGGGUUGUGAUUGAUUUCGAGCCUGCCAGAACAGAGGAUCCUGAGCUGUCCAUUUCGAGGUGGAUGCAAUCUCAGAAGCUAGCGGGGCGUGCAAUUUCGCGGUUCAAAUCAUUUCCUGGUGGCGGUAUUAAGCAUUGUUGUGAUAUUCUAGCUGAAAGUGUCAGAGAACUUACCGGUUAUGAUAGCGUAAUGGUUUAUAAAUUUCAUGAGGAGGAGCAUAGUGAGGUUGUUGCUGAGAGUAAGAGGCCAGACUUGGAGCCUUGUAUUGGUUUGCAUCAUCUUGCUUUUGAUAUUCCUCAGGAUUUAAAGUUGAUGUUCAAGCAGAAUCGAAUUAGCAUGAUUGUGGAUCGCCAUGAAACUCCUGUUCAUGUGAUUCAGGAUGAGGGUCUUAUGCAGCCUUUGUGCUUGAUUGGAUCAACCCUUCUUGCCCCACAUAACUGUCAUGCCAAGUACAUGGCCAAUAUGAGAUCAACCGCUUCAUUGGCUAUUGCAAUUGUAAUAAAUGGGCAUGAUGAAGAAAUUGUUACUAAUUUUACCUCAAUAAUGAGGCCAUGGGGCCUAGUUGUUUACCAUCAUACUUCUGCUCUAUUCAUUCCUUUCCCUUUGCGCUGCACAUGUGAAUUCCUAAUACAGGCCUUUGAGCACCAACUGAAUGUAGAGCUUCAAUUGGAAUCAGUAUUACUGGAGAAACAAGUUCUAAGGACCCAGGCUGUGUUGUAUGGCAUGCUGCUUAGGGACUCUGCCGCUGGUAUUGUUACUCAAUCCCCAAGUAUUAUGGACCUUAUGAAGUGUGAUGGAGCAGCUCUGUACUACCAUGGAAACUACUACCCCUUAGGUGUCACCCCAAAUGAGUCUCAGGUAAAGGACAUUAUAGGGUGGUUGCUGACCUUCCAUGGAGAUUCAACAAGUGCUGAUAGUCUGGCUGAUGCAGGCUAUCCUGGAGCUGCCUCUCUUGGUGAUUCAGUUUGUGGAAUGACUGUUGCUUAUAUCACAGCAGAAGAUUUUCUAUUCUGGUUCAGAUCCCGUGUGGCAAGAGAGAUCAAACCGGAUGGUUCAAAGGAUUUGGAAUUGAAUGAAAUUCGCUCUGUGCAGCUUAUCCUACAAGAAUCAAUGAAUGUUGUUGAGCAUAGCAACUCUAAGUCUGUUGUAGAUUCCCAGCCUCGGCAUCAUGAGUUGACAGGUGUGGAUGUUCUAAUUUGGACAGCAAAGGAAAUCGAUAGAUUGAUAGAAACUGCUAUUGCUCCCAUAUUUUCCGUAGAUGUUGAUGGACGAAUAAGAGGGUGGAAUGCUAAGGUUGCGGAAUUGACUAGACUCUUAGUUGAGGAAGCUGUGGGAAAGUCAUUGGCUCAUGAUCUUGUGCAUAAAGAGUCCAAAGAAAGUGUAGAUAGGCUUAUUUCUCGUGCUUUAAGAGGUGAAGAAGAUAAGAAUGUUGAGAUAAAAAUGAGGACCUUUGGCCCACAAAAGUAUAAGAUGGCAGUUUUUGUUGCGGUGAAUGCUUGCUCCACCAAGGAUCCCAUAAAUGAAAUCACUGGGGUAUGCUUUAUUGGUCAGGAUGUCGCUGAUCAAAAAGUACUAAUGGACAAAUUUAUUCACUUACAGGGUGACUACAAGGCCAUAGUACAUAACCCGAGUCCAUUAGUCCCUCCCAUUUUUGCGUCGGAUGCUAACACAUGCUGUUCAGAGUGGAACAUUGCCAUGGAAAAGCUUACUGGUUGGGUUCGUGGGGAUGUCAUUGGGAAAUUGUUGGUGGGAGAGGUUUUUGGUAAUUUCUGUCAACUGAAAGGUUUGAAUGCCGUAGCGAACUUCUCGAUUCUAUUGCACAAUGCACAUGGUGGACAGGAUACAGAAAAAUUCCCACUUUCAUUCCUUGAUCGGCAUGGAAACUUUGUGCAAGCUCUUUUGACUGCACAUAAGAGGGUUAACCCCAAUGGUCAGAUUAUUGGGGUUCUCUGCUUCUUGCAAACUGCAAGUCCUGAACUUCAACAGUCUCUUGACGUCCAGAGGCAAAUGGAGAAAAAUUGCCUUGCUGUGAUGAAAGAAUUAGCUUUCAUUCGUCAAGAAAUAAAAAAUCCUUUGAGUGGAAUACGCUUUUCUAACUCUCUUUUGAAGGACACAGAAUUGACUGAUGAUCAAAAUCAGUUUCUUGUGGCCAUUGAUGCUUGUGAGAAGCAGAUGUUCAAGAUAAUACACGAUGCGGGCCUGGAAAGCAUUGAGGACAGCUGGAGCAUUUUAGUGGGUGCUUUUCUUUCAUCUGACAACAUUCAACAUCUUCGAUUCUUCAAGUGGUCAAUCUUAAAUGUACCAACUCAGACAAAGCACAUGUCCUUGGAGCUUGAGAAGGAGGAAUUCCUUCUUGGGAAUGCCAUAGAUGCAGUGAUUAGCCAAGUGACUUUAUCGCUGAGAGAGAGAUAUUUACAAUUGAUUUGUAAUAUUUCUAAAAAAGUCAAGAGACUAGCCGUUUAUGGUGAUCAAUCGAGAAUGCAACAGGUUUUGGCUGAUUUCUUGUUAAACAUGGUGCAUUAUGCUCCAUCUCCAGAUGGUUGGGUAGAAAUUGAUGUUGAUGCUAGAUUCAAGAAAAUUUCUGAUGGACUCACACUUCUGCAUGCUACAUUCAGGAUGGUAUGUCCUGGUGAAGGUCUCCCCCCUGAACUGAUUCAAGACAUGUUCCAUAGCAGUGAGUGGAGGAGUCAAGAAGGGUUAGGGCUAGGAAUGAGCAGGAAGAUCCUGGGGCUAAUGGAUGGUGAGGAAUCAGAAUGCCACGUAUUGGAGGAGGCAUUGGAUCUGCUGCAGGAGGUAUUGGGUGCUGGAAGAGGGUUUGGAGGUGCUGCCGGAGGUGCUGCCGGAGGUGUUGAGGAGGUAUUGGCAGAGCAGCUGGUGGUGUUGGAUCAGAAUUCGUACAACAUUGUCAGGUUAUGGUGUGAAGGAUAUGGUCUGUUCCAUGGUAGUGAGUGGAGGAGUCGCGAAGGAUUAGGGCUUAGCAUAGGCAGGAAGAUCCGGAAGCCAAUGGAUGGUGAGGUCCAGAUAUAUGAGGGAGGCCGAAAGGUGCUUCUUCUUGAUUGGGCUUGA